CUCAUUCGGUCGGCUGUUUGUUCAAGACGGUCUUUUGGACCUUGGAUGCGAGCUCUCUUGGUUAAUAUCGCAUAGGAAGAAAUGUAUGAGUGAAUGCAAUGAAUGCCUUUCAUAAAAGUGGGGAAACCCAACCCUCGAUGAACAGCGGCCUGAAUGUGCCCGCGGGCUCGUCGACGGCCGGGAUGUCCGAUCGGCUCCAGGAGGGAAGCGGUAUGGAUUAUCGGGACUGGGUCCGGCGCAGCUACCUGGAACUGGUCACCUCCAAUCACCACUCGGUGCAGGCGCUUUCCUGGAGGAAGCUCUACCUGAGCCGGGCCAAACUCAAAGCGUCCAGUCGCACCUCGGCUCUGCUUUCCGGUUUUGCCAUGGUAGCCAUGGUGGAAGUGGAGCUGGAGGUCGAGUACAACUACCCACCCGCACUGCUGGUGGGCUUCAGCGUGUGCACCACGGUGCUGGUGGCCGUCCACCUGUUCGCGCUGCUCAUCAGCACCUGCAUCCUGCCCAACGUGGAAGCCGUGAGCAACAUCCACAACCUGAACUCCGUCUGCGAGUCGCCGCACGAGCGCAUGCACCACUACAUCGAGCUGGCCUGGGGCUUCUCCACGGCGCUCGGCAUCCUGCUCUUCCUCGCCGAGGUCGUGCUCAUCUGCUGGAUCAAGUUCCUGCCCGUGGACUCGGGGAAAGACCCCAAGGCGGCGGAGAAGACUCCGGGCUACAGCGGCUGGCAGGCGGCGCUCGCCUCCACCAUCAUCAUGGUGCCCGUGGGGUUCAUCUUCGUCGUCUUUACCGUGCACUUUUACCGCUCGCUGGUGCGCCACAAGACCGAGAGGCACCACCAGGAGAUCGAGGAGUUGCACAAGAUUAAGGUGCAGCUGGACGGCCAGGAGCGCGGGCUGCAGGCUGUCUGAGAUUUGGACCACCAAGCUUUACGUCUCCAAGCACCUCCUCAGCCUUUAAAGGAAUAGUUUGGCCAAGA